UCUUCAGAAAUUGGGUUUUGGAUCAGAAUCUAUCUGCAUAUGAGAGCAGUUUACUGUCGGCUCAUCGAUGCACUGUGUGUUUCUCUCUAUAAAUGAUCUCGGUCUGAUUUUUCCUCUACAUGAAGAUUCCUUAUCUGGGCUUCUGUAAAAAUGGCAAAUUUACACAAGUCCCUUAAUGAUGUUGAUUUAGAGGCUGCUAAUAUUAAUGGUAGUGGCAAUGAUGGUGGUGGUCAGGUACAAGCCACCGAUAUAAGUGUAGGCGAUAGUUCAAUCUCCUCUAAUGGGAAUGACCACUCUACAUCAAGCCCGUGUGGAAUUGAGAUUGUGGGUGUCUCUGAAAAUACUAGUAGUGACGACAGCAAUAAGAGAAGAGAAUCCAAUGUGUCAGAGUGUUCAGUGGAGGUGGUGGUGGUGGAUCUGAAGGAUGGUCCACCCGAAACCAGGCUGCAUUUGGCCAAGAUUAUUAGGGAUUGUAGGAUUUGUCAUCUGAGCUUGGAUGCAGCCAAUCAAGACUCUGGUUUACCCAUUGAAUUGGGUUGUUCUUGUAAAGGUGAUUUAGCUGCUGCCCACGAUCAAUGUGCUGAGGCCUGGUUCAAGAUCAAGGGCAACAAAACUUGCGAGAUAUGUGGAUCAAUUGCACGAAAUGUUUCUUGUGUGAACGAGGCUGAGUUGAUAGAGGAGUGGAAUGAAGCAAAUGAUACUGCAAACACAGCUAUGACACCAGCAUCCCCAGCAGCGUCUCAUAAUUUUUGGCAGGGUCGCCGGUUUCUGAACUUCUUGUUAGCAUGCAUGGUAUUUGCAUUUGUCAUCUCUUGGCUUUUUCACUUCAAUGUGCGUUCAUGAGAUCUGCACAAGGUCUACAAAAUGGUAGAUCGAAAAAACAUCGAGGCUUCUGUUUUCACACUUCUUGCUCAAUGGGCUCUCUUAUAUGCUACCAGGUUAUGUAUAUUAGGGAUAGCAGUUCAUAGGGCUUGCACCUCGUGUUGUAUUGUUGUGUUAUCUAUUUUAAUUGAGAGAAUUUUCUUCUUUAUUGUAACUU